AUGGCUAAAGCUGUCUCGGAUUGUCUCAAACGAGUGCUUAUGGUACCACCAAAGUACUUUACUGUUGAGGUAGGUAGUUUACUGUUGAGGUAUUAAAAAUCUUAAAAAUUUAAUUUUUAAAAUAUUUGUAAAAAAGUUUUCGAAAUUUUAAAAUUUUUUAGUAUGCCAUCAAUCCGUGGAUGGGUGGAGUAGUAAACAAGGAACUAGCCCAUAAACAAUGGAAUACCCUCAAGGAAACUAUUGAAAAACAAGGUGUACAAGUAAGACCUUAACUUUUUCUCUAAUUUUUAGCUCGUCCUAGCCUUAACUUUAACCCUAGGUCUCGCUUUAACUUGAUCUACUUUGGCCUUGCCCUGACUUUGCCCUGGUCUUGCUCUGGCCUUGCCCUGGCCUUGCUGUGGCCUUGCCCUGGCCUUGCCCUGGCCUUGCCCUGGCCUUGUCCUGGCCUUGCCCUGGCCUUGCCCUGGCCUUGCCCUUGCCUUGCCCUGGCCUUGCCCUGGCCUUGCCCUGGCCUUGCCCUGGCCUUGCCCUGGCCUUGCCCUGGCCUUGCCCUGGCCUUGCCCUGGCCUUGCCCUGGUCUUGCCCUGGCCUUGCUCUGGCCUUGCCCUGGUCUUGCCCUGUCCUUGUCCUGGCCUUGCCCUGGCUUUGCCCUGGCCUUGCCUUGCCUUCCUUUGCUUUGCCUUACUUAAGUCAAUUUCCCCUAUUCCAGGUCCUAACUCUAGACCCAGCCCAUGGCCUUCCCGACAUGGUAUUUGUAUGUAACAGCGGACUGGUUCACAAAAAUAAUGUCUAUCUCUCAUCGUUUCGUCAUCCACAAAGACAAGGUGAACAGAACCACUACCUAAAAUGGUACCAGGACAAUGGCUACAAUUUGUUUGGUGCAAAUUUCGAACAUUGUUUCGAAGGGGGUGGUGAUGCCGUUUUCAGUGAUUACAACACAUUAUGGGCAGGGUAUGGUGAAAGAAGCAAUAAGGCGGUGUAUGAAUUUGUGAAAAGGAUUGGCAAGUUUGAAAUCGUUUACUGCGAAAUGGUCGAUCCCAAGUUCUAUCAUCUGGAUACAUGUUUUACUCCGGUUGGAGCGGACUCGGCUUUGUACUACCCUGAGGCUUUUAGUGACAAAACUAAUAAUGAUGUGAGUUUCUUUGCAGUUAAAAUUAAAAAAAACAAGUUUUAAAGAAUUAGCGGUUGACAUGUUUUAAGGUUAGGAGUAUCAUGUCUUACAGGUUAGUUAGAGAUUUUAUGCUUAACCUUGUAGGCUUAACAUUAGUAGGCUUAAGUUUAUCAGACUUAAAAAUUUAAGCCUAAAAGUUACACUGCUAGGCUUAGGCUUGUAGGUUUAUAAUUUUAAUAUUAGUUUUUUCAGCGUGGGUUUGUAGGCUUAACCUUCUAGGCUUAAGCUUUUAGGCUUAGGCUUCUAGGCUUCUAGGCUUAGGCUUCUAGGCUUAGGCUUCUCGGCAUAGGUUCCUAAUCUUAGGUUUCUAGGCUUGGGCUUCUAGGCUUAGACUUCUAGGCUUAGCUUCUAGGCUUAGGCUUCUAAGCUUAGGCUUCUCGGCAUAGGCUCCUAAUCUUAGGCUGCUAGGCUUAGGCUUAACCUUCUGGGCUUACACUUCUAGACUCAACCUUCUAGACUUAGGCUUCUAGGUUUAUGCUUCUAGGCUUAACCUUUUAAGCUUGGGCUUCUAGGCUUAGGCUUCUCGGCAUAGGCUCCUAAUCUUAGGCUUCUAGCCUUAGGCUUCUGGGCUUAGACUUCUAGACUCAACCUUCUAGGAUUAGACUUUUAAGCUUAGGCCUCUAGGCUUGGGCAAUUUAAAAAAUUGAAUUUUUCUAAAUUUUUCAAAAUUCCAGAUCAAAACCAGACUGCCAAGAGCCAUUCCAGUAUCUCAAGAAGAAGCUAAAGCUUUCGUCUGUAAUGCAAUUACAGUAAGAAAGACUGUAAUUUCACCAAUUGGAGUCAAAGAAGAAACAAAGAAAGCGUUGAAAGACUUGGGUUAUGAAGUGGCUGAAGUUGACAUGAGCGAGUUUAUGAAGUCUGGCGGAGCUUGUCAAUGCUUGGUCAUGAAGUUGUAG